UCCUUAUUUACCCGCAGUACAUGUUUUCCACCCGAACGUAUUUUGGAGGCGCACACAUUGCGAUGGCAACAUGUUCGACAAGUAGCGUUGAUAUUGAAGAAAUAAAUAACCCAGGAGCCGCUCCUUAUGGCAACUUUAUAAACUAUUACACCUUCAAUCCUCCAGAAAACCGUUUGAGCCUGCUGCCAGCCACAUUACUCCAGGACUUAGGUUACAAAGAUGGCCAUCAGACCACACUGAUCCUGGACGUGGGGUGUAACUCAGGGGAACUGAGUGUAGCCUUUUACAAACAUGUGGUGCCUGCGUGCGAAGAAGAGUCAGAUAGGAGGAAAGUUAAUCUUCUGGGCUUCGACUUGGAUGAGAUCCUCAUCCAGCGUGCUCAGCAGAAUAACCCUCUGCCCAGCAGCGUCUCCUUCAUCCCCUUGGACAUCACUAAAGACGCCGACCAGCUGCAGGAUUACCUCAACCAGCACAGCUGCUCCCAGUUCCACUUGUGUCUGUGCCUGGCUGUCACCAUGUGGGUGCAUCUAAACCACGGAGACGCCGGCCUGCUGCAGCUGCUCUCUCGCCUGGCCUCCAUCAGCCAGCACCUCCUGCUGGAAGCUCAGCCCUGGAAGUGCUAUCGCUCAGCUGCCCGGCGGCUAAGGAAGCUGGGCCGCUCAGACUUUGACCACUUCAAGACCCUGAAGAUCCGCGGGGACGUAGCAGAACAUGCCAGGGAGCACCUGGAGAGACACUGUGGCAUGGAGCUCAUCCAGAGCUUCGGGAGCACGACAUGGGACCGCAAGCUGCUGCUCUUUAAGAGGAGAUGAGAUGGUUUUCAUCUACUGUUGCUGCUGCUGCACAAGAGCUGCAGGCACAUGAUCAGUUAGAGCAAAUACACAAAAGGGAGAAAAGUAAAGUUGAAUUGUUAGUUGAUUGACAUUAAUCUACAAUGAUUGAAUUAUGUUUUUAAGUCACUUUUAGAAGAAAGAAAUGCUCAACAUUAGCUGGCUCCAGCUUUUCAAAUGUGAAGAUGGGUUUCUUUGAUAAGAAAACAAAGAUACUCAGUUUAUUGUUUGGACAAAACAAGCAAAUUGAAAACUGCUGAUCGACAUUUUUCAUACAUUUCCUGAUUUUGUAGACUGAUUAAUCUAUUAUGACAAUUAUUUCAUUAUAGAAUUUUUCUGCAGAUAAUUUUCUCAAAUUGUUGAUAAUUGUUUUUUUAUCUAUAAAAUGUCAGAACAUAACAUUUCACAUUUUUCAAAUAUCUUGUUAUGUCCAACCAACAGUUUGAAACCCAAAGAUAUUCAGUUUACAAGUUAUAGGAAACAGAAAAGCAGCAAAUCCUCAC